GGUAGCCAACAUACGCUAGCUAGCUGCGAGUUCCGUAUUGCACUAGCUACCAAACUGCCAUAGUGACAUUGAACAAGUCUGUCUCGGAGCAUUCCCUGUUAUUCUGAAGUAAAGCCACUAUGGUUUCAGGAAAGAAACUGGCCGAUGUUGGAUACCGGCUUUUCUCGGGGUCCAUGAUGCUGUUGACGAUUUAUGCCGGCUACCUGUGUACCAUGCGAGGAUACCGGUACAUGCAACGACAGAAAGAACUCAAGCUCGCUGCGGAGAGUCAGACUGACUCAGAGUCCCUGAAGGACUGAGCUCUUGCUCUCAAGUUUAUCCCACAACCAGUCUGUGGAAAUGAACUUAUUUGACCCCAGAACCUGAGAGACUUUUGUUUCGUCUUGUAUUUUCAAGACGGAACAUCCGUUAGCACGUACUUCCUGCCAUGCUUUGAAUUAUGGGAAAAGUUUUGUUGCCUUCUUUCAUGUGGAAGUUGUUGUGGUGCGGGUGACGU